CUUGGAUGCUUCACGGCAAAAAGCGCUGAGACGCUCAAAAGCCGUGGCACAUCUGUCACUUUUCUUGCCCUCCGUUGCCAAUGUCAAAUCUUGGUCCCCGGCUCCGUCGAACCGCGGAUCGAAUCGUGCCAUCACUCGCUGCUUCCGCCCGAAGACCGGCCGACUUGUCGACAGCACACCAUCGCUGCAGGGGUCGGGUUCGAGCGGGCACCGUCCAACCUCCAUCCCAUCCCCAUCGCCAACGCCAUUGCCAUCGCCAUCAGGUAGCCUCGUCCCCGUCCUCUUAACCGAAAACAACCUCCCAUUCGCCACAACGACAUUAUACGGAAUGGCGCAGUCGCUCGGCCUCUUGCGAUGACCUCCCGGACCCCCUUGGGCGUCCAGCAGCGACCGCCCCAGCACAAGCUGAACGGGCCGACUCUGUCGCAGCGGCCGGGCGCCGCCCACCAGCGCGCUCUUUCUCAGCAGUCGCAGCCGCAGCCGCAGCCGCAGCCGCAGCAGCAGCAGCAACAGCAACAGCAACAGCAACAGCAACAGCAACAACAACAACAACAUCCAUCGCUCUCUCCCGUACGCAAGGACACCCCAUUCUACGACUUGACCUCGGCGGAUGCCACCGUCGAUGGCCCUUCGGCUCGCCAUGGCGCCACGCGCCGCGGCGGCUCGCGCCUCAAGCUGGAGCUGUCGCACGAUUCAGCCGACUCGUUGCAGCAGCACGCUGCCGUCACCGAGUCUCCGGGUGCUGCCGAGUCGUCCAAAGCCUUCACACCUUCGCGCAUCAUGCCCCCUACCGACUCCUCAGAACUGGGGGAUAUGAGCCCCCAUCUCUCGGCCCAUCCGUUGAGCGUCGAGAUUGACGCUCCUCUACCCCUGCCUCGACGUCCCCCGCCAUUCGUUCCCAGCGCCCCGCGUCGCGAGAUGCCGCCGCCGCCGACGAGCGCCAACCCUCCCAAGAGAGACGCCCGUCCGAAACCGUUCGCGGUAGACCCGCCGGCUGCGGCCCCGCGGUACGCAACGCGUCCUGACUCUCAGACAAAGACAGGCACGCCCAAGAUUGCAUACGCUGAUUUCUACCCCUGGACGGGUAACCACCCGGAAGAUCACUUUUCCGACAAUGUGAUUCGGCACGGAUACUACGACAAAGGCCUUUUCUCCACGGCCGAGACGCAGUCAGCCAAGAACAUACUGUUCCCGGCCUUGAAGCACAAGACCGGCCUCACGGCGCUCUCGUCCGUCUUCACGGCCGUGCUGGGCCAGAGGAGGCAUAACGGACAGAUCACGGCGCCAUCCACCUUCAAGCCCCCACCCCGGGUUACCCUCACCGACACCAAGCGCGAGCUAUGGUUGAAGGACCUUGCGAACCCGGCCAUCUCGCUCCGCCGCCUCAGCCGAACCAUACCCCACGGCAUCCGUGGUAAGGUGCUUCUCGAGCAGUGCUUGAACAAACGCGUCCCCACAGACCGUGCCGUCUGGUUGAUCAAGUGUGUUGGUGCGAACGAAAUCAGGGCAACCAAGCGGAAGGGCGUCAGUACCCUAGUGAUGGGCGGAGAGACCAGGUGGAUCAAGGACUGGACCGUUUCGGUAGAGCAGUUCAUCGAGAACGUCUACUUCUCAUUUGGCGAGGACGACUGGAAAGCCAAGGUGCAUUACACAACCCGGCUGGCGGCGCACCUAUACGCCGAAUGCCUGCUUGACCGCGAGCACUACUCGGAAUGGCUCGUUUCAAACCUCGAGAACAGCCCGGAAUCCAAGCUCCCCAUGUGGAUGCUUAUUACCCAGCUGUACUGGAAGGACCUGCUCAAGCUGAGAAAGUACGGCCGCAGGCUGGUCACUGCCCUCGUCAGCCAUCAUCACCUAUUAUAUAACCACCCCGACAAAGACAUACUGCUUCCGCUGCUCAAGAACCUGACCCAGUGUCUCAACACGCUGCUGCUGAGCAGUCCCGAGAACUUUGUGUCUCCAUCGGCUUGGUCAAAGUACCGCGAUGCCCUGAAAGCUUGCCUUCCUGCGGGGGAUGAGGCCCGACACAACGCAUUUGGGGCCAUCAACCUCCGGAACGAACAGCUCGCUGCGGCCGCCAACAGAUCUCAACCGGCUGCCCGACAUAUUCUCGUGCGGAUGCUUGACGGGACCCUCCAGGCGCCGAUGCCCAAUGAGCUCCCCGCCCAGUGCUGGGGGAUCUCCAAGGAUAAAGACGCGCUAGCGAGGGCCUUGCUUGAGUGGUGCACUUCUCUCUAUCGCCCGGGUAUUGCCAAGGUCUACGUCACAAGCCGGAUCCUGCAGCACUGGAGCACUACGGGUUUGGACUCGACGACCGCCGUGUUGGCCUUCCUAGAGACGGAUGCCUGCGAAGAGGAGGAGCGCAAAUCGCUGCUCUAUCACGUCGUCUGCGAGCUGGUUCGCUCCGGCCUCUUCUCGGUUUCUCGCUACAUCCAAUGGCUGAUUGCGCGUGGAGGGCUAAGGGAUCCGGACCUCGUGUCAAGGGACGGCCCGGCGGCAACCCGCCUGCUGGUUGAGGUUCCUGUCCAUGCCCUUGCCCCAUCUCAGCGGAAUUCCAGGGCCGAGAUCCUCCGUCGUGCCUCGUUUAGCGUGAUGGAAGCGGCAGCAGACGCCGAGCUCGCCGUCAUGCACCUGAAGCAUGUGCUAGGGAUUCCGGUGGAUCUCGCCGGGCUGAAACCCCUGUCACUCGCAAAGUUAACGAAGAGGAUCGCAUCUGCAGAUCGAGCGCUCAAAGCCGAGCUCGGUUACUGGCUUUGGUCCACCACAUUGGCCGCCCACGCCGAGGAGAAUGAUGGGGACGGGGAAGGCAGCCCGGCGCUCGAGACCUCGCCCGCCAACUUUUAUGUUGUUCGAUCCGUGAUGGAGGCAGCUGAGGACUUUUCAAUGUUCGGAGAUGUCCUGGAGACGCUUGCAAAGCGUUCCGGCGUAGAUGUCCUAGCGGCCAUUGCCGACACGGUCAGUCGGCAUUUUUUCGUCUUCUCCGCCCUGGGCAUAACCGCGGCCUUGUUUCGCAGCCUCCAUCUGCGUCUCAAGGCCGCCGUCCAAGAACACGGCUUCGCACUGCGCCCGCUCUUGGCCUCGCUCGUUACACUCGCCCCGAGGAUACCGGGAAUGGAGGAAGCGGCCUCGCGGCUGAAGAGGGAUCUGGCACUGAACGACCGCCAGAAUCCCGUGGAUGCCUGUUCUCCCGUGUCCGACACCGUGGUCGCUCGGCUGCAAGAUGACGCUGGCGAGUUACACGAGGAGAUCGAGAAGCUCUUGGCCGGCGGUUCAAGCGUCGACCGGAACACCAUGGAACGCCUUUUCCAAACCCUCGUCCAGCGCCUGCAGGCGAGUUGGUCCAAGGCGGCAGACAAACAGCGGGCCUACAGCAGCUUGCUGGGCCGUCUCCGCCUCUUCAACACGCAGCAUUUCGACGGACUCAUGGUCAAGUGGCUCCUGAGUCUCCGCACCCUCGCCAACCGCCCAUCCAUUCUCCGAAUAUUCCCACUGCUCGUAUCGGUCGGGUGUCUGGACAUGGGCGCUAUCCUGGCAACAGCAUCAGACAUUCCGGCUGGGCAAGGCGUGCCCACUGCGCGGGUGCUCACCACGACCGGCGCGGCCGUACCUCAGGUGGUCCAAAUCACAUACCGCACCAGGUACAUGCAAGAGGUGCUGCAGCUGCUCACCGCGCCGAUCCGCUGCAGUGACCUCUUAACUGCGGAUGAGGUAUAUCGCUUUUCCAUCUUCCAAGAUCAAGCGGUCAGAGAGUGCCCCAAGGAGGUCCUUGGUCUCAUCUUCCUCGCGUCGGCCGAGUACUCGUACGCUAAGGCACAGAAUGACCUGGAGGGCCUACCGCUAGAGUGCGAAUCGGUUCGGCAGAGCCUCCUCGACUUGCUCAAGCGGCUGGUGCUGAGGGAUGCCACCGGGGUGGCGAGGACGUUGGGGAUGAAAAGCCCGAAUUCUCAAGCCAGCGGCUGGAUCGACAGCGUAACAACCAAGCUGCUCGUCCCAACGGCCGACGCUCACACGCGCAUCUCCUUCGACCAGGUUCUUGAGCUCACCAACGAGUUCACCCUGCCGUUCUGCCAGGUCAAGCUCGCACUCAGCCUCAGUCCCGGCGAGCAGAGCAGCCAGGAUUCCGCCGACCGGCAGCAGUCGCACGUCGAGCUCUUCGGUAACGCCAUGGACAAGGCCAUCAGCGCCGGUAACAUCUCGUGGGUGGGCAUGCUAAGUUGCCUUAGCCCGGAUAUCACCCAGCACCUCAAAGUCCGCGCCCAGAACCGCUUCCUCGAGCUCAUGCCUUCUCUCCGCAAGCCCCCACCAACCGACGACGACGCCCUCGCACAGAAUCUCCAGAUGGCCGAGAACCUCCUCUCGGUGAUCGACGCCAUCAUGCGCGGUAGUUCAGCCGGCGGUGCCCGUCAAUCACAGCUCCCGCCCGCCGUCGUCGACAAACUCGUCGACCUGUGGGAACUCCUCGCGGCGCCGCUAGACGGUGACAACGGCGGCAGCGGCGACCACGGCAAGAGAAGCAACGACCCGGACAUGAUGGAGAUUGAUACCGAACCCGCAGCAGCAGCAACAGCAACAACAACAACAACAACCAUUGAAGCAACAGUAGCGGCCACGACUACAAACCCAAAAACAGCCGUCCUCGCCCACUGGUUACCGCUGCUUCUCAACCUCGUCACCCUUCACGCGCACACGCUCGAUCCGUCCCGGGCGAACAAUGAAGUGCGCGCCAAGGUCCUCGUCGCCUGUGCCGGACUCAUGCAGGAGCUGGAUGCCCUGCCGCUACCUCCGCCUCCGCCUCGGCAUUCGCAUCACAUGCCAGGGCCUCUCCCCGCGGACGCGGCGUCGCUGAGCAGGAGGGUGUUUGACCUGGCCUGUCUGCUGGUCGACAACCUCCCCGAGGAGGCGAGGAUGAUGUGCGUGAGGGCGGUCGCCGGGUGUGCCGGCGGGGAUGCGAGGCUGCGGUACCUCUUCAGCUUUACCUCCUCCACGUCCGGAACGGGCGCGGCGGCGGACGGGGGGUGCGGAGACAGCGGGCUGAUGCUGGCGCACCGCGAGAAGGCGGCCGGAGGCCGUUCGGCCGGGGCCGCCGCCGGCGGUGGUGGUGGUGGCAACGGCGGGGGCGGGGGCGGCGCCAUGUUCGGCGGCCUGCUGGGCACGCCGGCGUCGCUGUGGGCGGUCGAUCGCGGCCAGGCCACCGAGCGGCUGAGCGUGUUUCAGUACCGCCGGUGGGAGAUGCUGAACGAGCCGACACCGAACGUGGGGGAGAACGAUACGGCGUUGAGCCUGGCGCUGUUUGAAGCCAGAAAGGUGCAGUGAUGAUUUCUUCUUUGGGGAUGGGGGGGGAGAAAAGGGAAGGGGAGGGACAGAUUAGGAGAGGAGGAUUUUAAUUUUUUUUUCCUUUUGUCGUCUUUACUC